AUGAGUAGCUGGCUCACCAGAACAUCUCUCAUACUCUCGACCAUUUAUUUCCUACAUUCAACGGAAUCAGACACACAUCCUCGAGACAAACCACCCAACCACCAUUAUGAAGUGCUCUACCUUUCUCGCCGCCAUUGCAGUGUCAUUUGCCUCAGCGUCGGCUUUGAGAGUGUCGCAUCGAGAGAACCAGCUGGUGAAACGAGCACCGGCCGACGUCCUUUGCUGGCCCGCUUGCGACAGCGAAGGCAAUAA